UUUUUAUCAUUGGAGCAAUUCAGUGUCAAAGAUCGGAUUUUUAUUUUUAUUUUGGAAAGAUUGUCGCAUGAAGAAAUAGUGUGCAAAGAUGAAAGAUGAAAAUUCCAAGAAAAGCAAGCUCUCAUGGUCUAGAAAAUUGAUCCGAAAAUGGUUCAGUAUCAAGUGCAAAACUGAGGAAGAUGGAGCUGUGUAUAAAGGUGCUGAUGUGGAAUGGAGGAACAGCUUCUCUGAGAGGGAGCCAUCCACAAUCAAGAAAAGUAAAACAGAAAAUUCGACGAAGAACGUAGAGCGUUCGUUUUCCCGUUCGAGGUCUCGUUCGAGGCGGGGCAGAGGCUAUCUCGAUCACCCUCAGAUCAUAAAUAUACAGAACUAUAGUGUUUUCGUAUCAACAUGGAAUGUGGGAGGAAAAUCGCCCGGGAACAAUAUGAACUUAGAUGAUUGGCUACAUUCUGCCCCCCCUGCAGACAUAUACGUACUCGGAUUUCAAGAAAUAGUCCCGCUAAACGCCGGCAAUAUUCUCGGUGCUGAAGACAACGGCCCCGCCAGAAAAUGGCUCUCUCUCAUCAAGAAAACCUUAAACAACAACGUCGAGAAUGACCGUUAUACCCCUUCGCCGGUACCAGACCCCGUCGCAGAAUGGAACUCCGAUUUUGAGGGCUCGAACAGAAACAAAGCCUCGACUUUUCUCCCCCGUCGAUCCUUCCAAACACCACAAUCCUCGAGAAUGGAAAAUGACGGUUCUACCCCUCAGCCUCGUCUCGAUCGGAGAUACAGCGUGUGUGACCGUGCAUUCUUCGGCCACAGGCCGAGUGACUCUUCGUCUAGUCAUCGCCCGAGCGACUACUCUUCGUCGGGCCCGCGUGCGAGUGACUACUCGUCGAGCCGGAGGCCGAGUGACUACUCGUGGGGCCAAAGGGCGAGCGAUUUUUCACGGUGGGGUUCGGACGAGGAUUAUAUGAAUGGGGAUUCGCCCAGUACAGUUCUCUACUCUCCAACUUCGUACAGUGCGUAUGCACCUGCGAUGGAUGAUUCUUGCACCGCGAUUGGACGGUCGAGAUACUCUCUAGUUGCGAGUAAACAAAUGGUCGGUGUUUAUCUCACUGUUUGGGUUCGGAGUGAGUUGACCGAACAUGUAAGGAAUAUUAAGGUUUCUUGUGUUGGCAGAGGAUUGAUGGGCUACCUUGGUAAUAAGGGAUCGAUUUCGAUAAGCAUGUUAUUGCAUCAAACCAGCCUUUGCUUUGUAUGCACUCACUUGACUUCUGGUCAAAAAGAAGGCGAUGAAUUACGAAGAAAUGCCGACUUUAUCGAAAUUCUAAGGAAAACAAGAUUCCCACGAGUUAACAGUGUGAAUGAGGAGAAAUCACCGGAGACGAUUCUCGAGCAUGAUCGAAUUAUUUGGCUUGGAGAUUUGAACUAUCGAAUAGCGCUUCCGUAUCGAUCCGCCAAAGCACUAAUCGAAAUGCAAAAUUGGAGAGCCUUACUCGAAAAAGACCAACUCCGAAUAGAGCAGAGACGAGGCAGAGUUUUCGAUGGGUGGAGAGAAGGGAAAAUAUAUUUUCCACCUACGUAUAAAUACUCACAUAAUUCCGACAGAUAUGUCGGUGAUGAUAUGCCUAAAGAGAAACGAAGAACGCCUGCAUGGUGCGAUCGAAUAUUAUGGUAUGGAGGUGGGCUCCAGCAAUUAUCGUACACGCGUGGUGAAUCUAGGUUUUCGGAUCAUAGGCCAGUUUCGAGUGUGUUUUGGGCAGAAAUCGAAUCGGCUCCUAAUCGAUUAAGGAAGAGUAUGAGUUAUUCGAGCUCGAGAAUUGAAGUUGAAGAGCUUUUACCUUAUGCACAUGGCUAUACCGAACUCUGCUUCUUUUAGGUACCGUUUUUUGGUUUUUUUUUUUUUUUUUGAUUUUUUUAAAGAAAACUCAACGACGGCGACAUUUCUUAGCCCGAUAAACGAGAAAGAUGUAGAUAUUCACAAGAACUUGACAGCUAACUUCACACGACACGAAUCGGUCGAUCGACCUCCCGCUAAUUUUCCUUCCUAACGAACUACAAAUUAAAUUCCCACUAGGUAUCGUUUUUCACAUUUGUAGCUACCGUUUCUCGUUUUUUUUUAUUUUUUAUAAUUAAAUAACGUAAAUUUAUUCGAGCCGAAAUAUUCGUUUGUAGAGACUUCUGUUAAACUUUUCAGUUUUUCCUCCUGAUUUUAACACUUGAUGAAGAUUCUUUAUUUGUUAAGACAUAGAUUCUUGAAAAGAAGAGAGUUAGAUUGUGUCUCAAAA